AUGGCUGAAGAACAGGAGGUGAUACAAAUAGAGCUGCUAUGCAAACAGCUUUACGAGUCGCAGGACCCGCUCGUAAGGGAACAAGCAGAAAAGGCAGUCGUUGGGUUUCAGGAGUCACCGGACACACUGAGCAAAUGCCAGGCGCUAUUGGAGCGGGCAGACUCGAGCUAUUCACAACUAUUGGCUGCCACGACGCUGGCUAAGCUAAUCAGCAGGUCGACAGCAAGCCUCUCGACGCAGCAGCGGUUGGAUAUCAGAAAUUAUGUCCUGAAUUAUUUGGCAACUAGGCCGAAACUGGCCAAUUUUGUAGUACAGUCGCUGGUAUCGCUUUUCGCGCGCAUCACAAAGCUGAGCUGGUUCGACAUGAUCAAAGAGGAGUAUGUGUUCCACAACGUGAUCAAUGAUAUCACCAAUUUUCUCAGGAGUCAAGAGCUGUGCACGAUCGGCGUGCAGCUACUAUCCCAGCUGGUGGUGGAGAUGAACCAGGUCUCUGAAGCCGAUGCAAAUCGUUCCCUAGCCAAACACAGGAAGAUUGCUUCCUCAUUCAGAGACACACAGCUCUUCGAAAUGUUCCGUCUAUCAUGUUCCCUCCUCGGUACGAUGAGGGGCAAAACCCCCGAACUAUCUGACGAGAGGCAACACGCGCUAGUAGCUGCACUAUUGCGCCUCGCACACAACUGUCUCACGUUCGAUUUCAUUGGCACUACCAGUGACGAGUCCAGCGAUGAUCUUUGUACUGUACAGAUACCAACAUCAUGGCGUCCGACAUUUCUAGAAUCUGGCACGCUAGACCUAUUCUUCGAGCUGUAUCACCUACUAGGUGGCGCCCUAGCGAGUCUGGCCCUGGCGUGCCUAGUGCAACUAGCGUCUGUACGUCGCUCGUUGUUCAGUUCCAACGAACGAGCCAAGUUCUUGAAUAGACUCGCCGCUGGUGUGCUCAGGAUUCUGGAAAAUACACAGGGCCUGUCAGACCCGACAAACUACCACGAGUUCUGCCGUCUCCUCGCUCGUCUGAAGUCCAACUACCAACUGGGCGAGCUCGUCAUGGUGGACAACUACCCUCGCCUUAUUGAGCUCAUCGCCAAGUUUACUGUGCAGAGCUUACAGAUGUGGCAAUUCGCCCCCAACUCAGUACACUACCUCCUAUCGCUAUGGCAACGCAUGGUAGCUUCAGUUCCCUAUGUGAAGGCGAGCGAGCCCCAUCUCUUGGAGACGUACGCUCCAGGAGUCACCGCCGCGUAUAUUGGAUCCAGACUGGAUUCUGUGUCCUGUGUGCUUAGCGAGGGCGUGGAGGACCCGCUGGAGGACGCGGGCACGGUGUCGCAGCAGCUGGAGCAGGUGUCGGUGGUGGGGCGCUGCGAGUACGGCAAGACGUGCGCGCUGCUCGUCGCGCACUUCGACCGCGCCGCCGCCGCCUACAGCGCGCCCGCGCCGCACCAGAUACACGUGCUGCAAGGCCAGCUAACAUGGCUAGUGUACAUAAUCGGCGCGGCCAUAGGCGGGCGUGCGUCAGUCAAUACGUGCGAAGAGAAUGACGCCAUGGACGGCGAGCUCGUCUGUAGGGUGCUGCAGCUCAUGGACCUUACUGACUCCAGACUGGCGCAGGGUGGUUGCGAGAAACUCGAGCUGGCGAUGAUGUCAUUCUUCGAGCAGUUCCGAAAGAUCUACGUGGGGGAACAGGUCCAGAAGAAUAGUAAGGUGUACCGCCGACUCAGUGAUGUACUGGGCUUGGCUGACGAGAGCCAACUACUCAGCGUGCUCAUGAGGAAGAUUAUAACAAACUUGAAGUACUGGGGCGGUUCGGAGCAGAUAAUAUCAAAGACCCUCGGCUUACUCAGCGACCUCAGCGGCGGGUACUCGUGUGUACGGAAACUGGUCAAACUGGACGAGGUCCAGUUCAUGCUGACACAUCAUACUGCGGAGCACUUCCCGUUCCUGGGUAUAGCGGGCGUGGGCGCGGCCGAGAUGCGCUGUCGGAGCAUGCUGUACACGGCGCUGGGCAGGCUGCUCAUGGUCGACCUGGGGGAGGACGAGGACCGGUUCCUCGCCUUCAUGAUGCCGCUCACUGCGGCAUUCGAGAGUAUAAUAGGCCUGUUAAGCGGGCCGGAGUCCACAAUGUACAAUUCAGAAGACGCCAAGAAGACACUAAUAGGUCUCGCGCGCGAUCUACGCGGGCUAGCGUUCGCGUUCAGCACUAAAACUACUUAUAUGAUGCUGUUUGAUUGGAUAUACCCUGUAUACAUGAAAGUCCUGCUGCGAGGUAUCGAGGUUUGGUUCGCGGAGCCCGCACUAACUACCCCAGUACUGAAGCUGACGGCGGAGCUGGCACAGAAUCGUAACCAGCGGCUGCAUUUCGACGUCUCCUCGCCCAACGGAAUAUUACUGUUUCGAGAACUUUCUAAUAUUAUUUGCGCUUAUGGCAGCAGAAUACUAACAAUAGACGUGAAUAAGAAACAGAUGUAUGCCAUGAAGCUAAAGGGCAUAUCUCUCUGUUUCUCCAUACUCAAGGCGGCUCUAUGCGGGAACUAUGCUAAUUUCGGAGUCUUCAGGUUAUACGGCGACGAGGCACUAGACAACGCGUUGAAUAUGUUCGUCAAGCUACUUCUCAGUAUACCGCAGACCGAUCUACUGGACUAUCCGAAACUAUCUCAGACAUACUACGUGUUGCUAGAACGACUGGCGCAAGACCAUAUGCCGUUCCUAGCAUCGCUACAACCGGACGCAACUCUAUACAUACUCUGCUCUAUCUCCGAGGGACUUACGGCUCUAGAUACGAGUGUUUGCACGGGAUGCUGCGCUACGUUAGACCACAUAGUGACCUAUCUGUUCAAGCAGUUAGUACAGAAAUCUAGCAACAAGGUAUCGAACCCCCGCCAGCCGCCCCCAGAGACAAGCAACAUGUUCAUAGAAGUGUUACAACGACGUCCCGAGAUCAUGCAACAGUUACUCGCAACGGUCCUAAACGUAAUAAUGUUCGAAGACUGUUGCAACCAGUGGUCUAUGUCCCGUCCCCUGCUGGGCCUGAUACUCCUCAAUGAGGAGCAGUUCGCCCGCAUCCGCCAGGAUAUGAUCGCUCAGCAGCCGAGAGAUAAACAGGAACAACUGGCGCUGUGGUUCAAUGGACUUAUGGCCGGCAUCGAACCAAACUUGUUGACUAAGAAUAGGGAUAGAUUCACCCAAAACCUGUCAAUGUUCCGUCGCGACAUCAACGACUUACUAAAGGGCGCGGCCGGAGUAAGCGGUGGGAACGUCAGCGACAUGAUGACGUCAUAA